AUUUUUCCUGGCUUCGUUACUUUGCCCCUUUUUCCUCUACUGUUUCAACAUUGACGCCAGGUUUGUUAGCCCCAUGGAGAAGCAAUAUAACAAAAGUGAAAAGCUUCGUACCUAUUUGUGCUCAAGAUUAGGUGUUUCGUGUUGUCAAAUUAAAAAAAGUUUUUCUGGUUUCUUUCACAGCUCUUCCUGUAUGAUUCUCCGUUAGGGGGUGUUCUGUAAAACCUUGGAGAAAGAAACUUAACUGUGAAUUUGUAUACUAAUCACACUUCUACUUGGCUACUAGGAUAAGACUAAGAUACUCAUCCAUGGCUGUAGUAAGCGUUUAGUUUAGUAUUUGUCAAGUGAUCAUGUUGUAGUACGCAUAGUUAAAUCACUCCCGACUGUGAAGCUGUUUGUAAGGUAAAUGUAUCUGAUGUUUUUAUAGUGGGUGUUUCUAAAAGGAUAUUUUCUCCUAUUACUUUAUUUUUUUAGACAUUUGGCAACUGUGUAUUGGAAUGUUAAUAUGCAUUAAGAGGCGCAUUCAAUUGUUUUGUAUGGCUCCUAGUGUAACCGGAAAUGAAAACUGUUAGGUGGGACCCCUCUGUAUAUUAUUCUUACAUAUUUCGAUUUAACGUGACAUUUAUAAUACAAUGGCACCUCAUAUGUCGACUGUUGACAUUUUAAUUUUAAAUAUGUGCCAUUACCAUGUUAAAACAGUCCAUUUUUAGUCGAGGAGACUUUUAAAAAUCGGUUUUUUAAAAGCUUCGCAUAUGAUAAUAAAUAAGUCAAUUUUUAAAGAAACAUUUUUUUUACCAAUAAUUUGACACAUACCUACUGAAUAUUUUUAGUUCUAUCUACACUAGGAAAGCUAAAAAGUGUAAGUAGGAGGUGCCUAAAAAUGUUCAAAAAAUCCGUCUUGAGACUUCUAACAAGUCCUGCAGAUUUUGUAUUCGGUUUAUAGUUAUAGUUCUGGCACCUGAGGCAAGAAAAAUCUUUACGUUCUUUUCUAUAGCGAUCAAAUAGUAAUAAUCAGAUGUGCUCCGCAUGAGCAAUUUGCAAUUUUCUUAAUAAUUUAUUACCUGAGCCAAAAUCAGUGGUAUUGACUUUAUAUGAAAAGUCAAUUUAUAUAAGGACCUGACGUAAGGUCUUCUUACACAUAGGGUGAAAGCUCUAGCGCACAGCACCUUCAGCAGAAUAAUAAAAUAACGGGCCCUGCAUGCUGUAUCCAUAGCAAUUGCAAACAGUACGAAAGUACAAUUUUCAAACACAAACGUCAUGCCUGAAAGUUUUGACAGUUAAGCUCUGACAAAAGUGGAGUGUGUGGUUGCGGUGGUAUUACCUCGAGCUAUAUCCGUCCACUAAAACCUUGUAUAAGUCUUAUUUAUCUAUACCGCAAACAGAUUGAAUGUAGCAAAAUUGUAUGUAGAUAGAGUGUGGAUCAAUCAAACUUUCAGAAUGGAUAAUGGGAAUAUUGUACUAUGGUCAUGGAUGAAGUUUUAGUUGCAGCUGCCGAAAAUCAUAGUCUAUCGACCGAUUUUAGGGAAAAUAUUGGAUAAGGCAGCACAAAAUAACUUCGUUGGGAAAAAUAGUUCUCUAUACGAAAUGUGUUCGCCUUUGUAGAAUUCUAUUUUAUCAAGAAUCGUUCAUAGUUUCACAGUCUUGACAGUCCUUAUUUCGGUUCAACCCAACACUUAAUUUCGAAUGGAAUGUUUGUAAGAAUAAGCGUCGUUGUGUUUUUGAUAUCAUUUAUAGUGGUCUACAUUAUUUAUACCCAAACAUACCAAGAACUCAUCUCAAGAGCGAGCAAGAUAUCGGAUGGUAGCCAAUAUAACGUUAAUGGUGAUUCGUAUUUGGUAUUCAGUCCAAAAUGCAAAAUACCAAACGUAAAACCGUUCAACAAAGAUACUGAUGGAUUUAAUAUUUUUUCAUUCUACCAAAAAUGUACUAUUUACCCACUGUUGUCCUUUCUAACAAUAGAAAAAAAUCAAGCAAUUUUACACAUCAACCGAAGUGCUGCACCGUUUUACAGUCCGUACUAUAUAUCAUGCUGCUACAGUUACAUUAAAAGAAGCUUCGACGUUAUCGACCCCGAUAACAAAAUUGAAUUGACACCAUGUAUCACUUUCUACAGCAGUGUGCAAUGCUCCCAAGAUACAAUACUUGUAAAGUGCGUUGUAGCUAAGACGAAUACAACUGUAUAUAAAAACAUUCACGCACCUAUUACAAUAAAGGAAAGUGUAGUAAGCAAACUGAGCAAAAAUGAACGUGUAAGCGUUUUAUGCAUCGGAAUUGACAGCGUCUCACGGCUGCACUUCACGCGCGCCCUACCACUGACUUACGCUCAUUUACGAAAAAAUGACUGGAUAGAGUUUCGAGGCUACAACAAGAUUGGAGACAACACUUUCCCUAAUCUAAUGGCGAUACUGACCGGAAUGAAUGAGACCAAAGCGUACGAGACAUGCAACCCGAAGAAACUGGGCUACUUGGACAAUUGCAAAAUGAUCUGGUACGAUUACCGAAGCUCAGAUUUUGUAACCGCUUACGGUGAAGACGAGGCCAAAAUUAGCACAUUCAACUUUCUCAAGAAGGGCUUUCGGCGCCCGCCGACCGACUACUAUUUUCGACCGUAUUUAAUGGGCGCAGAAAAAUGGUUAAAUGUCACGAAAAUUGACGGAAUGAACUACUGCACUGGGCCCGAAUCGGCCGGAGAACGAGUUUUCGAUUUGAUUAAGGCCUUUGCCAAAACUUUCGCGACUUAUCUCUACUUUGGAUUUUUCUGGAUGAAUUCCUUCAGCCACAAUUAUCUGGGAGCGGUUUCACGGAUGGACUAUAAGCUGCAAGAACUUCUCCGUUAUCUCCAGGAAAAUUACUUGUUGGAUAACACCAUUGUUUUCUUCUACAGCGACCACGGAAUUCGCUUUGGCGAUUUCAGGUAUACCACGACCGGAUGGCUAGAAGAAAGGUUGCCGUUUCUUUUUGUGCACCUACCGCGCAACUUUCAAGAGAAAUACCCAGCCAGUGUUGCCAAUUUAAAAUUGAAUAGUAACAAACUGACGACACCCUACGAUUUUUACAUGACGCUGCAGGAUAUUUUGUUAAUGAGCAAAACUAACUAUACAGUGAAGCCGAGCAGUGGAUGCCCCGCUUGCCGGUCAUUUUUCACACCGAUCAGUGAGGACCGAUCGUGCGAGGAGGCAGGUAUCACCCAGCAUUGGUGCACCUGUAGAGGGUACAAGAAAUAUCCCGAAAAUCACACAUCCGUGCAGUUAGCCAUACAGUACGUACUUCGCCAAAUACACGAGACAAUACGAUCUUAUAAACAUGAAUCCAAAAAAUGUGCCAAAUUCAAGUUAUACAGAGUAAUGUCGUCCAGUAUUUCAGAGAAUUAUUUCGAUAACAAUACAUAUCUUUUAUUGAUGAUUAAACUUAUACCACAGACUAGGACUGCGCUAACACCUUCGUCCGUAUUCGAAGCUACAGUUAGUGUAGAGAAAAAUCGGACGUAUAUUUUUCGAUUGCACGGUACCGUUAGCCGUCUUGAUUAUUACGAAUCACAUAGUAAAUGUGUCAAUGAUAGUAAUUUAAAAAAAUAUUGUUAUUGUAGAUGAUUACGAGUAAGAUAAUUCUACUAAAAGUGCUCUUAAUAUGUUCCAAACGUUUUAUAUAUGCUCGCCUAUAUCAAUCGAAUAAAUUAUUCUUAAGUCAG